UCCUUUGGUAAGCUGCAGCAUCGCCUACAAGAACCGCUCGUUUUCCUCUCUGCAUCUACACAGGCAGCAAGCCGGCGUCAAGUCAAAUCUGUUGAACUACACACCAAAAGCGUCAACACAGAGAUCCAAUCGCCAAGUUUAGAUCCGCUGUGCCACUGCCAGUCCACGAUUACACAAAAGCAGCACAGCAAAACUUGCAAACAACAUGUGUUUCUCCGUGGAGCCAAAGGCAAAAUACUACUACCAGGAGGAAAUCAUUCCUUCGCGGCCACACCGUCAUCAUCACCACCAUCACCACCACUCGCCGCGAGCGAGCUACACGACGGUUGAGCGCUACAGCCCGCGGGUCAGCACGAGCAGCUACAGGCGCAGCGGGCCGACGAGGGUCGUGUACGAGGAGACGACGCGGAGUCGCUAUCCGUGAUCAGCUGGGCUUUGACUGAGAUUAAGAACUUUCUUGGUUUUCUUCUUGUUUUUGUGAUUCUGCGGUACAGGCUAUAGGAAAUGAGACAUGUUAGAGGCUAGAAUAAUGGCGGCUUAUGAUGGAAACCCGAGGCAAGCGACGGCUAUGACGGCGUUGGAUAUGUAUGGGCAGAUUCGCCUGUAGGGACUUUUUUUAAAUGAAUGGAAUACAUGCCAAAUGCUUGGCGGUUCAUCUGUAUCUGUUUUGCUUGAUAAGUCGUCAAUAACCGCACCAAACAAGCCAUCAUGAAU